AUGGUCACCCUAGACCUCACGGCUAGUGGGGGCUCCGUGCAAACGUCAGGGGAAAUUGCCUACAAUGCCGACGCGACCGGCGGGCGUACUAGCGUCCAGGGCGUCCUCGAGGCCAUGAAAAACCUUGGCCCGGAUUACAUUCACAACGUCACGUCUACCUACGACCUCGUAUCCGGGUCGACCUACACCUACACGUGGAACGUAACCUUUUCGGCGGCCUUGGGCGAUGUUCCGGAGAUGUUUAUCGGAGAAGCCGACGCCGAUCUUUCGUCCGUCGGUGCGGACGUCUACAUCGCUACCGUGCAGGAUGGCAACGUCAUCGGUGGAGACUUUCGCCUGGGCUUCAGCGGCUACACGACAUCGACCAUUUCCUACGAUGCCACUGCGUCUGAGCUCGGCAAGGCUCUUGCUGACCUACCUAGCAUCGAUUCCGUCGAUGUGGAGCGUUUGGGCCCAGAUGACCAGGGUGGUUUCAACUGGACUGUCACCUUCACGAGCGACAACCAGGACGGCGACCUUCCCCUGCUUACAGUUGAAGCAGACGACAUCACGGCAACGGGCGCGCUCGUAGAAGUGUACUCGCUGGAGGAUGGCAGCUAUCUUGACGGUUUCGUGAAUGUUACGUUUGCUGGGAAUUCUAGCCAAGUUGCGGCGAACGCGACCGCGGAGGAGAUGCGGGUUGCCCUAGAGGCCCUGGGCACUGGAGGCCUGGCUGUCUCUAGAGAAGGCUACGUCUGGACGGUGAACUUUCUAGAGACGGAGGGAGACGUUGACAUCAUCGAGGUGCAUGGGCCGGACCUCACGGGAGACGGGAGCGCCGUUGUUUCCGAGGAGGUUCGCAAGGGUACCUGGCAGGAGAUUCAGACCAUCGCGGUCACUGCCGCGAACAACCUGUUGGCCGUGGACAACUCCUCGUAUUUCGUUCUUUCCUUCGGGGGUGAGGUGACCGGUCCUAUCUUGGCCAACGGCAAUGGAAGCUGCGAGCCCGCCGUUUCCGAGAUUCAAGUUAUAUCAACGUCCACAUCGGAUACUACUUCUGCGGGCGGAGAUGCGCACGUCUCAUACGGCCUAGCUUUCCAGCUGGUGUUCUACUCCAGAGACGGCGUGGUGACGUUGAGCGACACCAUUGAUGCCAACCCUGCGUUCGGCGAUUGUUCCGAGCCUGCAGGGUUCAUCCAAGACGCUCUAAGAGAGGUGGAAGGACUAAAAGGCGUUACUGUCAGCUCCAAUAGCACCAGUGCUGGCGAUUCUUGCGACUGGUUCGUGACCUUCACCGACACACCCGGAAAUCAGGACCAGGUAGAGUGGGUAGUGGAUGGCUGGGAAAAGACGGCGGAUAAUAAAAUGGCUGUGGUGAUCGACACCGAGGGACCGGCGUCUUCGGUAACCUUUGGGGAUGACACCGUGACGGUGGGGACGCUCGUCAACGGAACCGUUGACUCCAUCAAGCUUGAACUGGAACUACUCCCGGCCGUUGGCGAGGACAUGCACGAGAUAGUGGUCUCCAGGAACCGGUCUGGAACUAGCGUCCACCUCGGCGGAGAUUUCGCCCUGUCGCUAGAUGGGUCGAGGUCUCAGUAUCUCCCCAGUAACGCAUCGGCCAGGGAGGUUAAGCUAGCCCUCGAGGCGCUUGACACUGUGGGGACAGUGGAUGUCGAGAGAUACGACGGCGACGAGGAGGUGUACGCCGGAUACACGUGGAUAGUCACCUUCAACACCGACCUCGGCGACGUGAGUAGCCUCACCGCUGACACCAUGUCCAUGACCGGUUCAGCACCUGUCCUCACGGUUUCUGAAGGCGUCAAGGGCGUGGCCCCCUCCUUCGCAUCCCUGGAUCCCUACAACUCCUUGCCCCUGGGCUCGGCCACUCUGACCGACCUGUCAGACUUGUCUAUGUCCGUGGCGGGAUUGGAGGAAGGGGUCGCGUAUUACUUCCGCGUGACGGCGUCCAACUACAUCGGAUCAGGGCCUCCUGCGGUGGCGGAAACACCAUACGCUAUUCCUCUCCCGCAACCCAGCCAGCCCCCCUCCAACAUCACGGUAGAGGCAGUAGAUGGCAGCACCCUUAGAGUGGACUUCAGCCCUCCUUCCUCCACCGGUGGAGAAGAAGUCGACAGCUACCGCGUGGAGUACUCGACGUCCCCCUUCUUCGAGGAGGCCCAAGCCCUGACCGUCUCGUGCGAGUCAGAGCCGGAGGUGCAGGUAGUCACCACCAACGCCACCGCCGUGCCUGAAGUCCAGCUGUUGCACCUCAAGAUGGACGACAACUUUACCGCCGACUAUCCCGGGACCACUGUAUUUGAGGUCCAGGCAAUAAUGACUUUGCCCAUGCCUUCAACCUUCGAAUUGAACAAACAGGAAGUAUCGUGCGACGCUAGCGCGGGCACGUUCACGCUGACGUUCGACGGUGCAGAGACAGACAGCAUCAGCUUCGACGCCGAUGAAGCCGAGGUGAUCUCCGCUUUGGAAGAGAUCUCCACGAUCUCCGAAGUCAACGUCACCUUCAAAGACGGAGUUUCGCAGGCCUGUCAGGCCUACCCCUCGUCUCUGGGUUUCAACGUCACCUUUCUGGAGGCGGUUAACUACCGGGGAGAUGUCCCACUCAUGACGUCAAACAUCGACAACCUAGAGGGAGCUCGGCGCGCGGACGUGACGGAGGUGUCGAAGGGAUACGCGAGCAUGGGAGGCACGUUCAAGCUUACCUUCAACGGACACACCACGGAUAGCAUCAGCUACAACGCCCUCGCAGCCGAUAUUCAGGCGGAGCUCGAAGCCCUAGACCCGAUCGGCAAUCUCGGCGUCAACGUCACCUCGGCGGGUCUCAGUGCGCAGUACGAGAAGAUGUGGCGAGUGUCGUUUGUCGGCUCCACCGUGGAAGGCGAUGUGGAAGCGAUGCAGGUUCUGGACUACAACACCGCCUUGACGGGCAACGGUGCUGCGGUUGCAAUCUACGCGGAUGGAGAGGAGACUUCCUCGGACAGGCGAGGCGCAGACCCCUCGGUUGUCGGCAACCAGCUGUCAGGCACCUUCACGCUCACGCUGAGAGGAUGGGAGACAGAGGUGGGCAUCAUGGUGUUUCGGCAUGCUGUAUCCAAGAACAUCGACUUCAACGCCGCCGACACCGAGAUGGAACUGGCUCUUGAAGCUCUGCCCAACGUAGGUUCUGUGUCCGUCAACCGCAAGGGGCCCGACGGACAACUCGGUUACUCUUGGUAUGUCACGUUCGUGGAAAACCCUGGAUCAUUCCCAGCGGGGUCCGGGGACGUAGCUCUCCUGUCUACGGAUUCUUCUUCCCUGGGUGGGGAGGGGGCCUGGUGCACGGUGGAAGAGAUGUCUGCGGGCACCCCGGAGCUGUCGGGAGCGUUUAUCCUUGCGUUUACAGCGAGUGACGAUGGUGGCAGUGGCGGAGUGACGCGCUACACGGACGAGCUGCCGUACAACUCCUUGGCUGAAGAGGUGGAGGCAAGCCUCGAAGCCCUGGACGAGGUGGGCAACGUGAUCGUCACGCGGACGACGCACACCGACGGUUUCACGUGGACCGUGACCUUCUCAUCCUGCCGAGCAAAUGACACAUCCGGUGCCGACGUGUGCAAUACCGGAGACGUAGAGCUUAUUUCCUUCGCGGCCAACGGAAGCCUGUCCGGGUGUUACGGCGGGAGCGGGCCGGCGUCGUCGUCUAUGGUGGUGGUUAACGGGUCUGCCGGGGAGGAAGUCGACAUGGUGGAUCUUUCGGACGGUCCCCCGUACAGGUACGACAUUACGGGAUUAGAAGCCGGCACCGCCAUUUACGCGAGGGUGAGCGCCCACACGCUCAUGUCCUACGGGUACGCCGGCCUGUCUAAGCCAGAGUUCGCGAUUCCUUCGAAUGUGCAGCCAGGCCCCCCCCCGGCCGUACGCCUCGUGGAAACCUCCGAAUCAUCGAUCGCGGUUGAGUGGGACCAUCCCACCGUGGACGGAGGGGUAGACAUCGCCGGAUACGAGCUGUGGAUGGGAGAAUGGGCGACUUCUAGUUUCCGGCUUGUGUACGACGGAGUGGAUGACGAAGAUACUACGUCCUUCACUGUAGCCACCAGCAACUUCCCCGAGCUGGAGAGCGGACGCGCUUACCGUUUCAAGGUGCGGGCAGUUAACUACUGCUCGGCGGUGGACACGGGCAGCAUCUGCUACGGCGACUUUUCACCAUCAACGGCCUACACUGUCAGGGAACCACGGAUGCCCAGCGCGCCAACACAGCCCCUUCGGGAUUCUUUAACAAACCUCGGGACUGCUGCGAACGAUGACGCAGAGGUAGGGAUCCUGUGGUCAGCUCCCAUGGACAAUGGAGGCUCCGAGGUGCUGAGUUACAAGGUACGGUUCGAGGACCAGGCCGGAACCCUCACCUCGGUUGAUAUCGACGCCCGGGACGUGUGGGGGCCCCAGGACCUGCUGGUGUCCGGCCUGUCAGAGGGGGAACUGUACACGUUCUACGUGCAGGCCGUGAACGCGUUCGGCACGUCUGGGGCUAGCCCUGCUCUCACCGUCGUUGCAGCCCUCCGUUCAGGCAUGGCGGUGGGGGGUAACCAGACGUACGCAACCGUUUCACCCACGGUAUUGGCGGUUUCAUCGAGCGAGGUGACUCUCUCCUGGGCAGCACCCGUCGACACUGGAAAGUCUCCGGUCACAGGGUACCACGUCUACAUGUUCGAUGGCGUUGGUCUCAAUUCUCAGGUCGACCCGGAGCCUGUCAAGCAUGAGAUUCAGUUGGUGUCCCUCAGUGUAGAUGACCCUGUGCCAGCCAUCCAGGAUGUGUCGAUAUCGGACGUGGCCGGUGGUACCUUCACGUUGAGGGUCAUGGCCGACGCUCUCGGAGGAGAGAUUGAUGUCGAGACGGCGGAAAUUGGCUACAGUGCCUCCGCCGCCGCUGUCGAGCUCGCCCUCGAAGCGGCGUCUAGCGCGCUGGGUGACGUCGAAGUUGUGAGGACCAUUUCAGGAACGACAAUAGUAUACGAGAUAACCUUCGACGGAUACACUGGGGCUGUUGAGGAUCUCGUCGUUGACACCACCGAACUGGAAGCCAACUCGGGGGCAGUGGUCGCUGCAGAAGUAAUCACGGUGCAGGAGGGAACGGAGCCGCUACGGGGGGACUUCUCGCUCAUCUAUCGGGGCCACGAGACGGCCGCUUUGAGCUAUGAUGCCGACGCUACCGAGGCAAGUCGCGCAGCAGUCAAAAGACAACUGGAGAACCUGGACACAGUUGGAAUUGUCUCGGUCGAGAGGAACACUACCUUCUCUGACGGAGCGUUCGAAUGGAUGGUUACGUUCGAAACGGAACUUGGGGAUCUCCCCAUGCUGGAGAUCACUUCGGGAAGACUGACGGGUGGGGGGCGUGAGGCGACGGUAACCGAGACCUUGGCCGGGUCGGCAGCCACCCUAGUCUACGACGGCAGCGGCAAGCCCUCCGUCAAGGAGUUCACCGCCUCCGAUCUCGUGGAAGACUCGCUCUAUGCCUUCAAGGUGGUGCCCCUCAGCGUAGUGGGACGCGGAAUUCCGAGCGCGGCGAGCCCUACGGUGGUAGCCCGAGAGGGAGCGGUGGCAGCGCAAACCGUAGCUAGCGGGCCCUCUCUAGUUCAGGGUAUGGCCGGUGUCGUCCACGAGCAGCAGACAGUUACGGCGACGGCAACGUCUGGGAAUUUCUCUCUCAGCGUCUCGGGAGGCGACAUGGAAUCAGUCUUGAUCAGCGCCGAUGUCACCAGCGGUAGCGUCGCAUCCGAUGCCGAGAUCAGGGCAGCCCUCGAUGGCAUUGUCGGGGAGGUGAACGUUUCGAGCUUCAAUGCUUCUCACGGCGGACAGCAGGCGCAUGCCUGGACCGUGACAUUCAUGUCCAUCUCCGGAGAUGUUGGAGAGCUCCUUGUCAACGAGACAAACAUCCUCAGUGGCGAUGUUGCCGUCACCGAGAGGGUCAAGGGCCAAAGGAACGAGUUUGUCGUGUCUCCUCGCAAAGCGACUGGCGCACCGGUCACGGACGUCACGGCCGCCUCUGCCUUCGCAGCAGAAGGAUCUACAUAUUCAUUCGCAGGUGGCGACCUGUUUUUCACGGAGUUAUACAAGAUCGAAGGGGAUGGGUCCAUCGAGUGGGAGUCGGACGGAGGCGUGGCCAUGUACAACCCCACCGCCUACGAGACGCAGCGUCUGUGGAUUCCUUCGGGGUCAACGGGCAGGCUUUCAAGGAUUCGCACUUGUUUCCAAAACAUCAUGUUCCAAACCUACGGCGAGCGACAUCAAAGCCAUUGUCCCCUAGUGACCAAUUUUGCCUGUUUCUUGCGUGCAUUUGUUCAUCUGUGUUUGGCAUUUAUAAGCUUGUGCUUGAUGUUUGAGUGGGAGAAGGUCACCUAUACAACCGGCAAUGGCACUGGAUGCCCCGAACCAGAUGGUGGUGCCAUCGCGCUCAAGGUUGCAUUGGAAACGAUCGAUGUCAUUGGGGAGGUGGAUGUGGCAUACACUCGCGAAGAGGACAGCGAUGCCCAUGUCUACGAUGUCUGGUUCAAGACUCUCUUGGGCGACUUGCCCCUGCUGGAGUACGACGAGUUCACAACCGACCCGCUAGUGCCGGGGCACAUCAACAUCACCGAAACCUCUACGGGUGUGGCAGAAGUGCAGAAAGUGGUCAUUUCUUCCGACGCCGGGUUUGUUAGGGAGGUGCAAAGCCUGUCUUUGACCGCAGAUGACGCUUCGGUUGAUGUGUCGGGUAGCUUCAACAUCACCCUAUCCGGGGCGAGCAACACCGUUUUGGUGCCUUUUGACGCCAACGCCACCGAGCUCGAGGCGCUCCUCGAGGAGCUGAGCAACGUCUACGACGUUUCUGUUUCGGUCGUGGACAAGUCGGGCGGGAACUCGUCCGUUGACAGCUACAUGAACGCCACCCUCUGGACCGUCGUCUUCAACGAUCCCGUUGGCGACGUUCCCAGCCUCCUGGUGAAUGGGUCGAGCUUGGGUGGCAACUCCCCGCGAGUAGAUAUCGUGGAGGUGGUGAAGGGCGUCUCUCCUCUUGACGGCACUGUAACGCUUGCCUACCGUGAGGGGUUUGCCCAAGACCUGGCUUUCGAUGCCUCCGAGGAAGAGAUCAAAGCAACCCUGGAAGCAUUGGACACAAUAUCCACCGUCUCCGUCUCCAAGCACAACAUCGGUGCCGGCUUUGAGUGGUGGGUGACCUUCUCUGGAGAACUCGGAGACUUAGAACUCCUCUCCGCCUACCCGUACUCCUGGGAAGUUCAAUCUCUCCGCACCUACGGGGGAGACCCCACCCCCCUCGGCGGUUCCUUUUCGGUGGAAUUCGGCGGUUACACGUCCGGAGAUCUCCCCUACGACGCCUCCGCGGACGGUUUGAAGGCAGCUCUGGAGGCAUUGCCCGGGCCCGGGAGGGUGGACGUCGACAAAACUGUUUUGGAGAGCGGUAGAAAUGAGUGGUUGGUGACCUUCAGAGACCUGGUCGGCGAUAUCGAGCUUAUCGCGGUGGAUGGGUCGGGCCUCACCGGCACUUCGGCUACGAUUGAAACCACCGAGAUUGCCGCUGGGUCUAACAGCUCUCUGACCGGAGAGUCACCCGCCCUGGCGGUGGAAGAGAUGCAUUCCGGGAGGCCGAGCUACACGGCCAGCUAUCACCCUGUGGGCACUGGACCGUACCAAGUGGCGGUGACCCAGAUGCUGCCGGGUGGGCUGAGCGCGACCUAUUGGGACAACCAGUGGCUGUUCGGUGCUCCUGCCGUUCAGAGGGUUGAUGCCCAAGUCAAAUUUAGCUGGGGAACUGGCGCUAUCACCCCGUACGGGAGAGACUACGUGUCUGCUAGGUGGCGUGGAAAGCUUCUGGCCCCUUCGAGCGAGACCUUUACUCUGUACGUCAAGGCUGACGAUGGCGCUAGGCUUUACGUGGACCAUGAGCUCGUCAUCGAUGCUUGGGAAGGUGUUUUGCCAGGGGCCAUCGAGUACCGCGCAUCAGUAGACCUUGUCAACGGGACCUUCCACGACAUCGUGCUAGAAUACAGGGAGAACGAUGGUGCCGCCAGCAUCCAGCUCAUGUGGAGCAGCUACAGCACUGCGCCGGCGGUCAUUCCCGCGUCCGCACUGUUCUACACGACGCCUAUUUCGGGCUCGCCGUACAACAUUUCCGUCGUACCUGGGGCGGCCGCCUAUCCCUUCACCGAGGCCUUCGGGGAAGGGGUAACGACCGCCUCCGCGGGGGUGUUUGCAUCUUUUGUCAUCCAAGCCAAGACCCAGGAUGCCUGGGGCAACAACGAGACCCGCGACGUGGCGGACGAAGAAGGAAGCGCUUUCCAAGUAGAACUUAGCUUCGGGUCACGCACACUAGGACCCAGCACCAUGGGGGCCCCUGAGUAUAUCGGCGAUGGCGCCUACAGUGUCAGCUAUGUGGCCACGAAGGCCGGAAACUACAGCCUAUCCGUGAGGACAGCGGCUGGGGAGCACAUCUACUGCGGCCUUGCUCAGGAACAUGCGUGCUCCCCUUUCGAGGUUGUCGUCUCACCCGGUCCGACCACAGCUUCCACUUGCGAAGCCGAGGGGGACGCCUCUCCUGCCAUGGACUCCCUAGUAGAAGGGGUUGCAGGGAUGACGGGAUACUUCAACAUUCAGGCGAAAGACACUUUCGGCAACAACCGCCUUGAAGGGGGCGACGAGGUCUCGGUUCAUGCCGUGCUAUCGGAAUCGACGACAUCGUACAGGGGGACCGUCGUUGACAACGCUGAUGGAACCUACCUAGCAGUCUACACCGUUCCCCGGGCCGGAACGUACUCCAUGCGAGUGACCAUCGGAGGCGAGGCCGUCCAGCACUGCACCGCUCCCGUCAACAGCAGCACCAACUCCGUGCUCAGCCGCGAAUACGAUGGUAUCUCGGUCUACUCGCCGCCAUCGGGGUGCUCUCUGGACUAUCCCACCCUCACAGUGGUUCACGGCGACCUUCACACGCCGAGCUGCACUGCGGAGGAGGUCGCCAACAUCGGAGACGAGGGGCUUUCGAAGGCUGUCGUGGGUGUCCCAGCCAACUUCCAGGUUGUUUCCCGCGAUGCUUUCGGGAAUAUCAGAACUGGCGACUCUACGACGCACUUUGGGGGCUACGGGGACGGGAGCUCCGACGUUUUCAUGGCCACCCUCUCUGGCGCGAACGGCUAUCGUGUUACGACUUCUUCUGCCGUACAAAUCGUCACCGUCACGAACGGAACCGCGGAAGGAUCUUUCCGGCUGUACUUUGCCGGGUAUGUAUCCCGAGAGAUACCCAACGGAGCAAGCGCCGCAGAGUUUCAGGCGGCUUUGAUGGGCAUCAAGCAAGACCAGGCCACCGCUAGUGGGGGAGAGGAGAUCGUGAGCGCGACGGUAUCGCUGGAUUCGGAUGUCGAUUCUGGUGCUGUGGCGUGGCGGGUAACCUUCCUUUCUCACCUGGACGAAUGGAUGUCUGAUCCGCUUCAAGUCAUGGCCGCCUCAGACGGCUCGACGUCGAUCAGCGACAUGAUCACCGUCAACAAGACGGCGUCGGGGGGAGUGUACCCAAUGAAAUACACCCUCCACUACCGCGGCACGUAUGUCAUGAACGUCACCGGGGCAGACGGCCAGGUGAAGGGCGACUUCUACACCGAAACCAGCGACACCGAAGCAUCGUCCUCCACCGCGGAAGGCAUCGGGCUCUCGGGAGGGGUGGCGGGAGAGCCCCUGCGCUUCAUCGUCCAGGCCAAAGAUGAGAGGGAAAGAGAGGUCCAAGCCCUUGUCGCCUGGGCGGAGGUUGUGGAUGUCGUGCCAGAGGUGCAGAGCGUCGCUCUCCUAGGAGCUUCGGCCGAACCUGUCUACUUGUCCUUCCUGGAGCAGAACAUUACUGUAACGAUCGGCACAGACACUCCGGCGGACAUCCAGGCCUCCCUCGAGGCUCUCCUUACGAUCGGGACUGGAAACGUGGAGGUCACCAGCAACGUCGGACCAUCGACAGCUCUGGACAGUGGAGACACCUUCGCCGUAACCUUUACCGGUGUGUACGGGGAUGUUCCCCUCCUUACCCCGGUGCCGUCGUCGCGAGCGACGGUUACAUCGUCCACCGAAGGAGACGCCCCCUUCCGAAAGGAAACCCAAGCGUUUUCUUGCACGCUUGGUGCUACGGGGGACCUCGUGUUGAACUGGCGAGGAUUAGGGAACGUCACGGUGGCGGCGGACGACGACCUCAACGCGUUUGAAACUGUCGUUUCGUCGGGACUGACGAGUGUAACCGUCGUGGGGAGUGACACAACGGCGGUCUGUUCGGGUGAACUCGUGUACGUCACCUUCCAAGAGGCCCGCGGAGAUUUGCCUUCUUUGUCCUUCGCACCGGCGGAAGCCUUUUCCGGAACCGUGACAAUUUCUACAGCUGGAUCGCUAGAAGGGAUUGCCCCCCUGUGGGGAACGUUUGAGCUGGGGUACGGAGGAGAAACGACGUCUCCUCUCUACGCGGAUGCCACUGCUGAUGACGUGAAGGCGGCCCUUGAAGAUCUCUCUACCGUAGGAGGCGUUAGUGUAACGUUGGGGCACAUUGGCCUCUCCCUCGGGUCGGACGGUACUGCCUUCCCCCCGGGAGGCGAUGACAGCGGCAACGACAACGUGACGUCUCUCUUCCCUGUCUGGACGGUCACCUUCGAUGGAGAAUGCUCGUUCGAGAACAACGUGUGGACCUCCUGCCCAGCCAACAUCGGUGAUUUAGAGCCGCUUGUGGUGGACACGUCCGGAUUGGGAUGGGAGGAAUCUCCUUACAAGCAUCAAGCACCUCCCGAGAUUCGAGUGUACGAGAUCACCAAUGGCACCGCUGGCAACAAUCAGGUGGACGAGCGAGACUGGAACACUCUGGCUGUGUCCCUCUUCCUCGAAGACAACAGCACCGACAUCGCGGCUAUCGGCAUGAACGAGAAACAGGGAUUCACCUGCCACACGGAGGCGGGGGGAUCAAACUCGUCUGCUUACGUCGUACUCGAGUUCAUGGGGCAGAGUGCCACGAUCAAGGCUAACGCCACCAUUCCCGAUCUCGCCGACUACAUCAAGGAAAUGGCCCGCGACGCCGGCUUAGCCAACUCGGUGGUCAACAUCACGUCUCCUGCGGGACAAGCAAUGACGUGUGGAAUCCAUGGAGAUGAGGUGGUUAUUGAGUUUGCCGCCAACUACACGCUACCGGAGAUCGUUGUCACGGGCUACAACGGGGUUGCCGAUAUCAACGUGCGCGAGAUCACCAAGGGUAUCAACUCCAUUUCCUACCUUGGAGGGGGCAGUUACCUGGUUGAGUACACCCCUGUUGUCGCUGGAAAGUACUACCCAGUUGUCACCAUCGCCGACGAAGAAAUCUCGACCGACAUGUCCGGAGGGGUUACCGUUACACCGGCCAACGCGUCGGCGGUGACGUCCACCUUUGCCUCCGAUCGGGUGGCUUUCCAAGGCGUGCCCCACUACCACAGCCUGGAGAUCCGAGACCGGUUCGGAAACCUUCUCGACGGUUACUCAACCGAUGGAGGCUUUACCGCCACCAUUAUCGGUACCCCUGACGCUCGCGCCGGCGUGGCACCAACAACGGAAGAGCACACUUCCCAAGUUACUAUCGCGACGACGGUUUCAGAAGUGACAGACGCAAGCGGGAAGCUUUCGGCCAAUUUCACCCCCGAUAUCGCGGGGACGUACGUGAUGAGCAACGAGUUCACCGGGCCGGGGGGGCUUCUGGCCACGUUUUUCCGGACCAAAGAUUUCAUGGAUCCCGUACUUGAAAACUCGGCCUACGCGACUGAGGAGCCGUACCACGAGCCUACUUUCUGCCCUUCUACAAUGGUGGAAGGGUGUGAUUCGACAGAGCUGGUGUCCAGCUUGACCCUGGACUGGGGGACCGCUAGUCCUCUGCAGGCCUGGCCUGGCCUAGGCUUCCCUGCAGACUACUUCAGCGUGAAGCUCGAAGGCUUCAUCAUGGGUCCCACUGACGGAACGGUUUCCUUCCAGGCCACGGCGGACGACUUGUUCCGGUUCACAGUGGACGGGGUCGUCGUGAUGGACACCGUCUCGGCUGAGGGGGAUGCCUCUACGUCCAUCCUUACGGCAGAGGUGGACAUGACGAAGGGAGCUUUGCACGCCGUGACAAUCGAGCUGGUGGAGGAGCUAGACGAGGCAUCGAUGAGCCUCCUCUGGUCCUACGACGGCGCCGCGAAAAACUCCCCGACGGAAAUCCCCUCGUCGGCUCUUUACUUCACGAGACACCUCGCAGGCUCUCCAGUUACCAUCUCCGUAUUUCCCGGGGAGGUGACCGCAGGCACUUCUUCGUUCGAUGGAGACGGAUUGGUCGGCUGCGUUGCCAUGGAAGAGUGCUCCUUUACGGUCACGGGGCGCGACGGCGGCAACAACAUUCGGUUCACGGCCGGGUCAGACGAGUGGGACGUGGCGGUGGAUGGGGUGGGCGGCUGGGCCGCCGAGGGAAGGGUAGGAGAGUUUAUCCACUCGGAAGACGCGCCUCUGUCUGCGGUCGUCGUGUCGUGGUCGCCCGAGGACUGGACCUACGUAGGGAACGUGACAUGCGUGGCCGAAGAAUCGUCCUGCACAUCGCAGCGAGAUUUGAGCGACCUCAUACAGAGGAGCGACGCGAUAGUCAUCGCCGGGGAGACGCACGUGGUGGACCCAGACGUCACCGAGGCGUUUGAGUCUACCUCGCUGCCGCUGGCUUCCCCCUUCCUAGGAGCGUCGGGCCUUUACGAAGUCUUUAAAGUCGGUGACGACACGGGUAACUACACAGUUUCCUACACCCCGCUCGUUAGAGGUGACUACUCCGUGACGGUCAAGAAGCCCGCCGUUUGGGAAACGCAGCUGGUGCAGACAGUGGUAGAGGAAACGGGUGAUGACCUGGCUGGCACGUUUACGCUGGCAUACGAAGGCGAGAUCACCGUCCCCAUUGCCUACGACGCCAUCGGAGGCGACGUGGCGUCCGCCCUGGGCAACCUGUCAGCCCUAGCCGACGCCAACGUGACCACCGAGACGUCAAACUGCUCCACGCCCGAGGUAACCUGCGCUUGGCUGGUGAAGUUUGCCGGUCUGUACGGUGACGUACCGCUGCUAGAGGCCGACGUGGAAAUGCUCGAGGGAAACGCUGCCAGCGUGGCCAUUGCGGAGGAGAUCAAGGGGCAAGCCGCCAUGGACAUCGGUGGCUCACCCGCAACGAUUUCUGUCGUGCCGAACGAUGCCAGCGCCGGUCAAACGACCGCGUGGGGCCGGGGACUCUACGAAGCGACCGCAGGGGAAGCGGCCAGCUUCACGGUGCAGGCGCGGGAUGCGUACCAGAACAACAGGCUCGACAGCCAGAACGAUUCCGUGUUCCUUGCCCUGGCCUUCGCGCCGGACGCUGAUCCCGCCGACGUUCCUCCGGUGUACGGCACCGUCGUCCCGCAAGGCGAUGGAAGCUACAACGUAUCCUACACCCCGACGUUUGCCGACACAUACGUCCUGGCGGUCCUCAUGUCUACCGUCGUAGAAAAGCAGCAGUUUUCGUUCAUAUUCGAUUCGGACGCAGAAGCGUCUGGGGGUUUCACCCUCAGGACGGGGGACGGAGCCCAGCAGACAGAAGCGAUUUCGUACGAUGCAACCGCCGAUAUGGUGGCGUCGGCCCUGUCUGCUGUGGCCGGCAUCGGACCGGUACAGGUUACACGAGAGGUUACAUCGGUGACGUCAGGAGCGGCCAGCUGGUCGUACACGGUGGCUUUCAUGUCUGUUGUGGGAAACGUCGAACAGCUCACCGUUGGCUUUGAGGACCUAGAAGGUCUAUCGGAGCCUCCUUCUUUCACCACCAUCACGGAGGGAGAGGCUGAGCACAUUAAGACGACAGAGGCCUCUCUUCUCCCCGAGAUCCAGGUGGUGCGGGUGAGCUCGACCUCCAUGUUCAACACCACUCUUCUUGCUGACGACGGUUUCACCCUGUCGUUCAAGGGGCACACCACUGCCGCGCUUGCCGUCAACUCUUCCGCCCAAGAACUUGAAGCUGCGCUUGAGGAGCUGACCACCGUCGGUGGCGUCAGCGUCACAAGACAGGACGUGGCGGGGGCGUCUCUGUACGGCUUCGAGUAUGCGAUCGAGUUCGAGCCUUGGGGUGCUCACGACAUCGAGCACUACCUCAACUACGGGGACAUGCCUGCCAUGGUGAUCCAGCCCUCGUUCAGGAUGGCGCUGCACAACGUCACGGCGAGAGUGUACUCCGGCGGAACCCCCAGCGCCGAUGCCGCUAUCACUCAAGACGGCGCCUCUCCCUUCGCUCCGGUAGUGUCUCCGGGCGUCGUGUCGUGGGAGGCGUCUACGCCUGUGGACGAGGACGGCGUGGUGGACAAAGACGGGUUGAGUUCGGCCUACUACGAGGCGGCCACCUCGUUCCAGAUCGAGAGCCGCGACAGGUUCGGCAACCGCGUGUUCGACGGCCCCGUGAAGGAGGUCCAGAUUAUCGAGGUUUCUACCACCUUGGGCGGCGUGUUGGCCGGAUCUUUCGAGGUGUCCUACCAAGGCCACAGCGUCGGACUAGACGCCGGCGCAAGCCUGGCUGAAGUGGAAGCCGCCAUCGAGGGACUGUCAAGUGUGGGUGCAGUGACUGUGUCAACCGCGUCCGUUGUCAACUCAACAGCUUUCGGCGCCAGAACUGGGAGUGUUAUCCCUGGCUCCCCGUACGUGACGCCAUCUGCCGACGUGUCUUCGAUACUAUCGGAAGGGGACUGGCUCCGGUUGUGCGACGUCAACGACGGGUUCGUGUACGCCGUGAGCAGCGUCGAUGCAUCGUACCCUUACACCAUCACCCUCGACACCCCGUACGGUGGCAACACGGAAUCGAACUGCGAGAUGUUCCGACAAGGCAUGGCCGGCAGCGGCGCGAGCAGCUACCAGUACGUCGUCACCUUCGACUCCAACGUCGGAGACCUCCCGGCCCUGACCGUCGACGGCGCCGGGCUGACGGACGCGUCUUUCGGCAACGAGACAAAGGCGGAGGUAAUUUCUUGCAAUUGGCACCGCAGGCAGACGGUGUCGAUCAGCGCCGACACGGACGUCAGCGGGUACUUUGUGGUGGAGUACAUGGGCUUCCGUUCCGACCAGAUUUCCCACGCCGCGAGUGCCGCGGAUCUCCUGCAGGCGUUGACCACUCUGGAGCCAAUUUACACCGCUGGUGUGGAGCUGGCGGAAGAGUCGUUGGCCGGGGGCCUGCGCACAUGGCACGUGACUCUCGUGAGCGCCCAAGCCUACGAGCCGAUCUUCGCGGACGGAUACCUUCUGAACGGCACCAACGCGGCCGUUUCCGUCUACGACCAGUGUCCCUCGAGCGGUUCGGCCAACUGCACGGAUAGUGGUGUCUCUGCUUUCGUCGUGGGCUGUGUCGUGACAUCGGCGGCUGGCAGGGUGGGCUCGAGCUACACCGCUAGCCUCUCUGGGCCAGAGGUCGUGAGCGGCACGGUGGAACACACGAGCGAUGGCCUCUUUUCGGCGGAGUACAUCGGCCCUGUGGCCGGCGAGUACGAGCUGGAGGUAUCCGAGGCGAAGGGCUUCGGCCUUCUUGGCGAGUACUUCAACAACCGCUGGAUGUUCGGAGACCCAGUGGUCACACGCGUCGACGCCAAGGUGGACUUCUCCUGGUCUGACACGGAAACAAUUACGCCAACCGGGCAGGACUACAUCUCGGUCCGGUGGACCGGGUUCGCGCAGCCCGCGUUUUCCGAGCGCUACGUGUUCACCGUGGAAGCCAACGACGGGGCUCGCCUGUGGGUCGGCGAUCAGCUGAUGUUCGACAACUUCGAUGAGGACCUCGGACGGAAUGAUACCGGUCUCAUGUCCACCUUUUCCGCUACCACGGAAGACGAGCUUGUCGCCGGACGGCUCUACGCCGUCACGCUCGAAUUCCGUGAGAACUACGGCGCGGCAGAGGCACAUCUGCUGUGGAGUUCGGGCAGCCAGCCUCCAGAAGUCAUACCUUCCAACAGGCUGUUCUACGCAUCUGACCCGGUGGGGGACUCUCCCUAUUCGGUCACCGUCUACCCCCACAAGCCAUCUCAGCCGCUGGAGGUGGCCGUGGCCGUGGAGGCCUGGGACCAAGUGAAGGUUAGCUUUAUGCCACCGGAGAACGACGGUGGCGAGGCGGUGGAGGGCUACAUGGUGGAGUGGUGGUCGGCAUCGACGGCUUCAGGCGAUGGUGGCUACGGGAGCCCGGAGAUCCAGACCCUGAAGAUUGGGGGGGACGUCGACGAUGACGCCGGUGGCAACGUGUACGUGACAUCCCCGGGAGGGUAUAAGUACCCGAGGGCACUUAGUUGGGACAUGUCUGCCGAGGACCUAAAGCUGGCCUUGGAAUGGACAUUCGACGUGAGAGAAGUGACGGUUUCGUACGCAGAGAACUCCAACAGCACGCGCAGCUACCGCGUAACCUUUGAGUCGGAGCUCGGCGAUCUCGGUGCCAUGGGCCUCGACUCCACCGACUUGACGUCCUCAACUGGGUUCGUACACUCGAUCGUCUGCCACGAUAGCUCGACCGCCGUUGCUCCAGGAACAGGCGGGGCUUCUGUCGGAUGCCUCGGAGCCACCGAUUCUCAGGCUUCGUCCGAACCGGCUGGUUUCGACGUGAGGGUGUCCGCUCUAAACAGCGCCGGAUACGGUCGCCCCUCCGUGACAGUAAACAUCAAGGUCACAUUUUUUGUAGUUGACUACUCGACCGACGAGGACUUUGCCGUAGACAGCACGGUGCGGAUUGAGGGCAAGACGACCUUCUUCCUCAGCGACAGGAGAUUGGAUAACGGCACUACCCACGGAGUCUACGAAACAGAUAUCACUGGCCUGCAGAGCGGCAUCCCGUAUUUCUUCCGGGUGUCCGCAUCCAACGCAAUCGGGGAGGGAGAGGCCAUGGUCACAACGCCGGCUUACCUGGUCCCGAUGACGGCGCCGGACAUGCUUGAGUACGGCGCGGGCGUAACGUUGUCGACCCUUCCCGCUGGCGACGCCGUGUCGGUGACGGAUUCGUCGACCUCGCUGCACGUGUCCUUCUCGCCUCCCCCGAAUGACAACGGAGAUGCCGUGGACGAAUACUUGGUGGAGUGGUGGAUGGCUUCAGAGCCCGUCCGAAGCGAAGUGCAAGUGCUGCGACUGGCUUCGACGGCUGUGUCCGUUGCGAACGACACAUUGACCGGAAAUUUCCGGCUGUCGUGGGGGGGCGGCGGAGAGGAAACAGACUACCUACCUGCCGAUGUUGGGGAAGUGGAGCUAGAAGCGGCCUUGGAAGGUCUACAGGACGUUCGAGACGUUCAGGUUUCCCGCGAAGUAAACACUGCUUCUGGGUACAACUGGUCGGUGACAUUCCUGACCGACGUGGAGCCGUCCGCAACUUCGAGCCGGCUGGUGGUUUCCUACAACGGCUUGGCCGGUGCUCUCGGCGCCGACAUUACGGCAGAGGUUGGGUACGACCUCAUUGCCGGACUGCCGGGCCACUCCGGGGUAGUGACGGUGACCGCCUUGGGCGGGGAGCGCAACAUCUCUGUGCUUUCCUUACAGAGCGGCAUGCUGAAGGCAGGGCUAUUCAUCGAGCUCGCAGGAGAAGCGUACGAGAUCGAGGCGGUGGAUGCGUCAAACGAAACAAUCUCGCUGGUCGAGGCGUACGGCGGACCGAACGGAAACCUAACCGCCAACUACGGUACCUCCGUCAGAGGCAGGAGCCCCUCCACCCUCCUGUCUGCAACCAUCCCCGCAACGCUAUCAUCGUCCGUGGCAUCACCGAUUAGUGAUGGCAACGGAGGCAUAGCCACCAACUCCAACUCUUCUUCCCUGUGGUACACCAUCACCGAGCUAGAGACCGGAGAGCCGUACUUCGUCAGGGUAUCCGCGAAAAACGCCAGAGGUCUCGGCCUACCCAGGGGCUCGAACCCGGCGUACCUGGCUCCACCGAAGCAGGUCCCGGCGAAUCCCGAAGGGGUGCACAUUUUCCCGGAUUCUUCGAACUCCCUCAGGGUACUUUGGAACGCCCCGUCCGCGGACGGCGGGUCCUCCAUUACCAAGUACAAGAUCGAGUGGGACCCCGAGGAGUCCUUCGGCUCAGGAGGUGAUGGUGGUCCGCUAGGAUCGCACCAGAAGGUCGUGACCAACUCCUCCCAGUGCAGCUCCUCCCCCUGCGAGUACACGGUCCCCAGCCUUGCUAAGGGUUUACCGUACCACGUCCGCGUGUUUGCGUACAACCAGGCUUUCAUCCUUGCCGUAACAAAACUAAACGUUCGCAUUUUUUCGUACGAUAAACGCGUCCAGGAGGGUUUCUCGGUGUCCGGUGCGCUGUCGAGCCCGUUCAACGAAGCGCCGUGCACCCAAGCAUCGCCACCCCCGGCCGUCGACGUUCUCCCCGCCUCAUCCACGUCUCUCCUGGUUGCGUUCGAGCCCUCCCUUGACGACGGAGGAAAGCCUAUCACCAAGGGACUUGUGACAGACACCAUUUCUAUCGACUCUUCAGCCGAGGAGGUGGAUGAUGCUCUCAAGGCGCUGCCCACGGUUCCAGGAGGUCUCCAAGUCACUCGGGAGGGGCCGUCGUUGAGCGGGACGGAUGCGGUGGUCACCUCGUCUAGGUGGAUCGAGGGAUGGAGGGGCUACGAGCAGCAGGUGGUAUCUGUGGCGGCGACGAACGGUUCGCUAUCCGGAACGUUCCGCCUGCGGUACGGGGAUCAAGCCACUGUGCCCCUGGAUGCCAACGCCUCCGCCGAAGCGAUUGAGGCGGCACUGGAAGGACUAGGAUCGGGAAUGCUGGGAGAUAUUGCUGUUCGACGGAAAGCGGCUGCAUCUGAAACUGUUACACAAGCCGAUUCUUUCCAGUGGACGGUCAUCUUCCUAUCCGAGUUGGGCGCUCUGAGCACCCUAUCAACGGACGUUUCAAGCGUCAUCCGGGACGACUUCGAUGCAUCCAUCGAGGCGAGGGUGACCCACCUGGUUACGGGUUGGCUGCCGCUCAUGGACUCGAGCUUGAAGGGCUCGACCGUCUUCAACGCUUCGACCAACUCGUCCCAUGAGCAGUAUGAGGUGACGGGGCUCGCAAAGGGAGCAGCCUACCACGUUCGAGUGAGCGCGUACAACGGUGUGGCGCUGUCGUAUGGGAAAACGGAGCCCUCGAUCCUCCCGGUCGUGCACCCGGGCGGCCCCCCUGAGCCGCCGUCUCGGAUAGAGGUGGAGGCGUUUUCGCCAUCCUCUCUGGCCAUCUCUUGGUCUCCCCCUAACGAUGCCAUGGGGGGCGAUGUUACCGCGUACCAAGUGGAGUGGGAUGGCGCACCGGGAAUCAGUGAGCAGCAGUUCAUCCGAAUUUCCAACGCGGUUUCCGGAACGUUCCGGCUGUCUCUGGAUGGGGCGACGACUGCCUCCAUUCCACACAACGCACUGGCCUCCCGGGUAGCGUCCGCCCUGGCCUCUCUUCCCAACGUGGCGUCACCGGUGGAGGUGACCAAGGAGAGCUCGGCAGCAGCAUCGGCUACGGCUACGGCUGCGGACUCUACGGUUUCCUCUUGGAGGGUGGCGUUCGUCUCCAACAUCGGUGACCUCCCUCUUAUGGCCGUGCAGGCUUCCUCGCUUCGAGGCGUGAGCGUUUCAGCCACGGUUGAGGAGAGUGUCAAAGGGGUGCUGCCGCCGUUCGACCAGGGGACCGUUGGGAUCAACGUCAUGCCGCUUGGCUUCGCAGAGGUGACCUCCACAAGCGAGGUGCAGGUGAUCACAGCGGCGGCAACCGCCUCCGACUUGGAUGGGUACUUCUUUGUCGGAUUUGAGGGCCACUGGUCCGAGCGGAUCGCUUACGAUGCCACCGCUGACGAGAUGGCCUCCGCGCUGGCCGGCAUCCCCGCUGUGGGACAAGUCCAGGUGUCUGUCGAAAACGCCUCCUCCAAGGACCCAAGCUACCCCUACACCGCGGGGCCAAGCGCACAAGGGCUCUCGUGGUACAUCACCUUCCCCCCAGCAGCCGGCGACGCCUCGUCGCUGAUCGUCAGCACGGGGAACGGUCCCGAUUCGGUUCCAGGAUCGGUCCUCGCCUCGGCAGGGACCUUGAGCGGCACCGAUCCAUUAGUAACUGUCGCUGAGUCCCGCAAGGGAGGCCUCAUGACAAGCAUAGUCACCCCCGAGGAAGCGGGGUUGGAGGUCGGGACUGGGUACUCCGUGAGGGUGAAGGCCUAUAAUGGCAUCGGGUGGAGUGAGGUAAACCACUGGAAGAGAAUGCAGCAUUAA